AUGAGUGAACACCACAUCGCUCAUUCUGUACUCUGCGUCUCCACACCGCAGGCCAACGCCUUCUUGACCGAGAGAGACGAAGUGCUGCGAAAGAAGAAGACAGUUGCUCUUGCGCGUUUACUCAACUCUUUCACAGCGGAACUUUGCAGGAUCUAUCCAGAAAGGUUUAGUUGGUUGGCCAUUAUGCCGCUACCCCAUGUGGAAGACUCGAUUACGGAACUGAAGCGCAUGUUUGGAAUGGUGGGGAAACAGCCAGUGGGUGUCGGUGUGCUAACAAACCACGAGGGGAUGUACCCGGGGGACGAGACUUUUGAUCCAUUGUGGGAGUACUUACAAGAGAGAUCCGCAAAGACGGGAAGCGAUGGGAGGGAGGUGGUCUUCGUGCAUCCAACAGAGCCCAUUAUGAAGCUCGACGAUGGCCGAUUGAUAAACUCUCGACCAUCACCCCUUCGCUCCGGUCUCGGAGAAUUCUACUUCGAAACCGCGCGCGCCAUCUCGAGCCUAACAGCCUCAUCCACAUUCCUCAAGUUCCCGUCCCUCCACUUCCGCAUUUCCCACGGCGCAGGCGCUUUCCCCGAUAUCUCCGAGCGUUUUCUUCUCGGCUUCCCCAACAUCUCGACCGCAGCAAGGGAAGCCUACAAAACGCGCUUUUGGUACGAUAGUGCAGGACCAGUGUGGCCAAAUCAGGUCAAAGGGCUGACGGAAGGAAUGGGUAUCCCAGUUAGUCAGAUGGUGUUUGGCACGGAUUAUCCGUAUGGCAUCGGGUUUUGGGAUGUGGAUGCUAAUAUUGAUGGGUUGGCUUGGGCGGGGGAAUUGAGAUUUGAGGAGAAGGAGAAGGUGUUUUGGGGGAAUGCGAAGGAGUUGUGGAGGGGGAAGAUUGCUGUGUUGGAUGGUAUGGGAGAGUAG